AGGGGCUGCGACGAGAUUGGAGGGCGGAAUCUCUACUGAGAGGCCGCCAAUGAUUAUGCGCGGCGGGUCCCUCUUCCCCACUUCCGCUCUCAAGCUCCUUUACAGGCUGGUUUCCGGUCGGAGUGUCGGGAGAGUUACAACUGCCUACAAGACGGACGGCGACGUGCAGGAACGCGCGUCCAAAUUCUCGUGUUCCACCUGUUGCUCGAGACUCUCAAAGAUGUCAACUCAAGGCCAUGCUUGGGCCCGACAGGUGAAGAAGGAGGAUGAGGAAGAGGAUCCGCUGGACCAGCUGAUUUCCCGCUCUGGUUGUGCUGCUUCCCACUAUGCAGUACAGGAGUGCAUGGCCCAACACCAGGACUGGCGACAGUGUCAGCCACAGGUACAGGCCUUCAGGGACUGCAUGAGUGAACAUCAGGCAAGGCGGCGGGAGGAGCUGCAGAGGAGGAAAGAGCAAGGCAGUGCUCACCACUGAGACCCCAAACCACCUAUCCCCAGAGGAUGUCCCUGAAGAAACGAGCCCAGAGAGAUCAUAGGAGGAAGAAGUCCUGAACAGUGGAAGUUUGGGCCGAGAGGCGUAAAACAUGGGGAUUGUCUGGCCAAGACUGACUUUGAGAGCCAGACAGCCAUGGGUUUGGACAUGACUGCUGUAAAGAGCUGUCAUAUUUUCAUUGUGCAAUCCCACACAUCCUCACCUACCAUGUUACACCGAUAUUAAAUGUCAACUGAUAUUUGCCAAGUAAAACAAAGAGUUGGGUUAAGGGAUGCUCUCUUACCUUACAUCUUGGGUCAGUGUGCCAGGUACCGAGCCGAUUACAUGGAUGUUUAAUUUUAAAAGUAAAUUCACAAUCUAAAUGUAAACUGAUUACCUAAUCAGGUCUUCAUUUAUUGAGUAAUUGGUUCAACACAGCAAGUUUUUCUGAGACCUUCCCAGGUGCCAGGUACUGUGUGAAUGAAUAAUAUGAUCUGAUGUGAUAAAUAAUAGGAUCUCUUCUUUCAUGUUUCUUAGUCUGGUUUGAGAGAUAGAAAUAAAUAAAACAGCAUUAGAACAACUAAUUACUGGCCAUUAUAUAAGUGCCUUUAUCUUUCAUUAGUUGUUCUGGACGUUUCAUUCAGUCUAAGGAAGGAAGAAAACAAAUGGGAAAAUAAACAUCGAGUGCCUCUUAUGUGCAGACAGAUACAGUCUGACCUCAGCGUGCUUCCAGCCCAGGAAACACACAAUGUUGGCCUGACAUUUAAAAGGCACAUUUAACAUAAAAUACAGAUUUUCAGAUUUUAAAAACUGGAGAAGCUAUCAACAUGGAGCUUAUAUUCCUACUUGACAGUAAUUUGCUGGAGCUGAAUAUGGAUGCUUCUUUUAGUUGGUUAUGUUCUCCAGUUGUUAACAGUUGCCAUUGAUUUUCAUUUCCUUCCAUGAAACUACAUUACCCAUUCUAUUACUUUCUGCCUAGCCCUAUGAGGCAUUUGGAAGUGGGAAGGGAGUUAGAAGAGUGACUCUUGCCACAGAAGCUGGAAUGCAAAGGGGCAUAUGCUCUCAUCAUCAGUUAACAUUUCUUGAGCAUCUAUAUAUUGGAAGCACAAAUCUGAAGUAUUGUAGGCCCUAAAACUACUUUGAGUCUUUGUUGGUGACUGAGGACGAAAGAGAAGAGGGUAGAAGACAGGAGGAAUACGAGUUUAAAGAACAAUAAAAUCCAAUUAGAAUGGGAUGACUGGGCAUAUAGAGAGAGAUGAAUCUCUUUGGGGUGCAUGUCUGCUCAAUGCUGAGUCAUCAGAGGGAGCAGUGUGGACUGCAGCUGUCAGCAAGAAUCUCAAGGGAGUUAGUUGAGUUGAACCUUUAAUGAUAAAGGAGACAUUACCUAUUUGUAACAUAUGUAACAGAAUACCAUCUGCACAAGUAAAAAGUACCUAGAAAUCAGUGAGAAAAAGCAAACAACCCAAUUGAAACAUAAAGAAGUUAAAGUGGUUAUUAGCUAUUUCUAUUGACAAAAAUUAAAAGUAUUUAUAAUGACCAGUACUGGUGAGGAUGAAGAACAGGCACAAUCACACUUAAAGGGAUAAUAAAUUAGUAAAGCUUUUGGAGGACAAUUUGAUGGGAUCUAUAAAUACUUUAAAUAUUUCAGGGGCGCCUGGGUGGCUCAGUCGGUUAAGCGUCCGACUUCGGCUCAGGUCAUGAUCUCGCGGUCCGUGAGUUUGAGCCCCGCGUCGGGCUCUGUGCUGACAGCUUGGAGCCUGGAGCCUGUUUCGGAUUCUGUGUCUCCCUCUCUCUCUGACCCUCCCCCAUUCAUGCUGUCUCUCCCUGUCUCAAAAAUAAAUAAACGUUAAAAAAAAAAAUUAAAAAAAAAAAAAAAUUUCAACAGCGGGGUACCUGGCUGGCUCAUUCAGAAGAGCAUGUAACUCUUAAUCUCAGGGUCAUGAAUUCAGGCCCCACUUUAGGUGUAGAGAUUACUUAAAAUAAAAACUUAGAAAAAAUUAAAAUAUUUCAAUAGAAAUUCCUUUUUUAGGAGCCCUCUUAAAUAUAUUUUUACAAGAUGUAUAUAUACUGUUACGUUAUUGCAGCAUUGUUUAAAGAGUGGAUAAAUGGUCACAAUGUAAAACUCCAAUAAGAACUAUAUUUGCUUAUAUAUUCAAGUCUUUUACAACAGGAAUGUAUGUGUUAAUUUGUGUAAUUAAAAUAGAAAUGAUAGACUGUGGGUAAGGUAGGUGGGAUUCUAGCAAAGGGGAAGGUUAGAAGGACCUCCUUAGCAGGAAGAAACUAAACCAGCUAAGUGUAACUUUUUUAGGACUCCAGCUCUACCAGGGAGCUAACACUGGGUGGGUCACAGGAUAUAUCUGGGUAAAGAGGGCUCUGUUGCCACCCAAAUCUGUUUCCUCAAAGUAAAUGGGGAUAAUUCCUGUUUAAUACACAUACUUAGAGAAUUAAAUGAGGGACAAUGUAUAAAUAGCAAAUAAUAAAAAUUACUAGUGUAUUUUGAACUAUUAAAACUCUUAUAAAUAUUAUAUUUACGUAUAUUAUAUAUGUGUGUCAUAUGUAAUAUAAAUGUUAUGUUAUAUAUUAUAACGGUUAUGAAGCAUUUAACCCAGGCUGUUUGGUUCCAUCGUUUUCUCUCAAUCCCUAUGAUACAAUGCUUUCAAAUCCCACUAUGCCACUUAAGCUGUGUGAUUUGGGGCAAAUUAGUUAACAUCUCAGGAUCUGUUUUUU